AUGCGCGAAGUCAUCUCGGUUCACGUUGGACAGGCCGGUGUCCAGAUUGGUAAUUCCUGCUGGGAGCUGUACUGCCUCGAGCACGGUCUCCUGCCCGACGGCAGGCCCAACCCCGAGGCCCAGCUCUCGUCGGACGACUCGCUGUCGACCUUCUUCUAUGAGACUGGCAACGGCAAGCGCGUCCCGCGCACCGUGUUUGUUGACCUGGAGCCCACCGUCGUCGACGAGGUCCGCAACGGCAAGUACAAGGAUUUGUACCACCCCGAGCAGCUGAUCAGCGGCAAGGAGGACGCUGCCAACAACUACGCCCGCGGCCACUACACCGUUGGUAAGGAGCACAUUGACCGCACCCUCGACCAGGUGCGCAAGCUCGCCGACAAGUGCGACGGCCUCCAGGGCUUCCUGGUGUUCCACUCGUUCGGUGGUGGAACGGGUUCGGGCUUCGGCGCCCUGCUGCUUGAGCGUCUGUCGGUCGACUACGGCAAGAAGUCCAAGCUCGAGUUCACCGUGUAUCCGGCUCCCAAGAUCGCCAACGCCGUUGUCGAGCCGUACAACUCGAUCCUGACCACGCACACCACCCUCGAGCACGCCGACUGCUCGUUCAUGGUUGACAACGAGGCCAUCUACGACAUCUGCCAGCGCAACCUCGGCAUUGCCCGCCCCACGUUCGGCAACCUCAACCGCCUCAUCGCCCAGAUUGUGUCGUCGAUCACGGCUUCGCUGCGUUUCCAGGGCUCGCUUAACGUUGAUCUGACCGAGUUCCAGACCAACCUGGUCCCGUACCCGCGCAUCCACUUCCCGCUGGUCACCUACGCCCCGAUCACCUCGGCCGUCAAGGCGCAGCACGAGUCGAUGACCGUGUCGGAGAUCACCACGGCGUGCUUCGAGCCCAGCAACCAGAUGGUCAAGUGCGACCCGCGCAACGGCAAGUACAUGGCGUGCUGCCUGCUGUACCGUGGCGAUGUCGCCCCGAAGGAGACCAACAGCGUCAUCGCGUCGCUGAAGACCAAGAAGACCAUCACCUUUGUCGACUGGUGCCCGACCGGCUUCAAGGUCGGCAUCAACAAGCAGCCGCCCUACUGCGUGCCCGACGGCGAUCUGGCCAAGGUCGACCGCGCUGUGUGCCUGCUCAGCAACACCACCGCCAUCGCCGAGGCCUGGGCUCGUCUGGACCACAAGUUCGACCUCAUGUACGCCAAGCGUGCCUUCGUCCACUGGUACGUCGGUGAGGGUAUGGAGGAGGGUGAGUUCUCCGAGGCCCGUGAGGAUCUGGCUGCCCUCGAGAAGGACUACGAGGAGGUCGGCAUGGACUCGGACGACGUCGCCAUGGACGAGGGUGCCGAGUACUAA